AUGUCGUUUCUCAAACCAUUUCCUGUUGGCGCUGUCGUCCGAUGUGCGGCAUUCCGGCUGGCCUCUGCCCGGUCGUGUCAACCACUACGGAGAGCUGUCUCACCGGCUUGGGCUGUCUCUGGUCGUCGAAGCAUGGCCUCGGCCGGCGGCAAUGCGGCCUCUGACCCCCGGCUGAGUCUCAUGGACGCCAGCUGUCUGUCCGAGACCCAACGCCAAGUGCGCGAGGCCGUCUUCCGCGUCUGCGCUGACUUUCCCGACGAAUACUGGGCCGAGCGAGACGACACUGGCACCUACCCGCGCGACUUCCACAAGGCCAUUGCCGACGCCGGCUACAUUGGUAUCGCGCUGCCCGAAGAGCUCGGCGGCGUCGGCCUGGGCCUGUCCGAGGCCGUGGCCAUGCUGCAGACCAUUGCCGAGUCGGGCGCCGGGUUCGCCGGGGCCCAGUCCAUCCACGCCAACGUCUACGCGACCCAGCCGCUGUCGCGCUUCGGCACGCCCGCGCAGCGCGCCGCCUGGCUGCCCAAGAUUAUUUCCGGCGAGUGGCGCACGUGCUUUGGCGUGACGGAGCCGGACGCCGGCCUGGACACGCGCAAGCUGCGCACGCGGGCGGAGCGCAUCGAGCGGCCGGACGGCGGCUUUGCGUACCGCAUCACGGGCCAGAAAAUCUGGAUCUCGUCCGCGCAGGUGGCCGACCGCAUGGUGCUGCUGGCGCGCACGGGCCCGGGCGACGCGGACACGGUGGACGGCGCGCUGACGCUGCUGUGCAUCCCGCUGGACACGACGAAGCCGGGCCUGUCGCUGCAGCCCAUUCCCAAGAUGGGCGGCCGCGCCGUCGACGCCAACGAGGUCUUCUUUGACAACUACGAAGUCGAGGACGGCGCGGGCGCGCUGGUGGGCGCCGAGGGCCAGGGCUUCCGCAUCGUGCUGCACGGGCUCAACGCCGAGCGGUGCCUGAUUGGCGGCGAGGCGCUGGGGCUCGGGUACGCGGCGCUGCGGCGGGCCGUGGCCUACGUGGGCGAGCGCGUGGUGUUUGGCAAGCCGGUGGGCGCGUACCAGGGCGUGGCGCACCCGCUGGCCGAGGCGUGGAUGGCGCUGGAGGCGGCCAAGCUGGUCGUGUACAGCGCGGCGGCGCAGUACGACGCGUACACGGCACAGGGCGAGGGCAAGCUGCCGGCGCACCUGGGCGUGGCGUGCAACAUGGCCAAGUACCUGGCGGCCGAGGCGGCGUUCCAGGCGUGCGAGCGGUCGGUCCUGGCCAUGGGCGGCAUGGGCUAUGCGCGGGCGUUCCAUGUCGAGCGGUACCUGCGCGAGAGUCUGGUGCCGCGGCUGGCGCCGGUGUCGCGCGAGAUGAUUCGCAACUUUGUCGCCGAAAAGGCCCUUGGUUUGCCAAAGAGCUAUUAG